GGAAGCGAUGUCAAUUGCUUCUGGCAUGACACGAAAGUCAUUGAAGAUGAUAAGAUGCAUUAUCAGCGGGGAAGACGAAGAUGAAGAUCCGCAAUUGAAAAGUGUUCAACGCGUCUACGAUAUGAUAACCUAAUUUCCAAUGAAAAUCGUUUAAACACAGAGAGAGACUCCACGAAAAAAACACCCAAAAAAAGAAGAGAAAAAAAAAACGAAACCAAAACGAAAGUAAAAAGAUUUCUUUAAACGAAGGGGCGUUCGGUUCAUAUGUUUCAACAAUAUUCAAGGGCGUGGCGCCCAAGCAAACUAUAAACAUACCCACAGAGAGAGCAAGAGAGAGAGAGAUCGACAAACGAGAGGUGAAACAACGAUAUUUCAUAUACACAUUGGUGUGGUGUGGAGCGGAGCGGAGCAGCAGCUGGAAAAGACUCUUGUGAAAUUCCCCUAAGUUGUGAUCUUUGAUGCGAAUAAACCUGCGCUUGGACUGGAGGGCCCUGGCGCUGCUGGGCGCCCUCCUUUCGUGUAUCAUUGCCUGGCAGGGCUGCUUGGUAUUUGCGAUGCCGAUGGCUCUAACAACGAUAUCGAACCAACAAACAAUCAACACUAACAAUAACAGCCAUUCAAAUAGUACUCGGUUUAGUAAUAGUAAUUAUCUACAAAGUGAUCAUAGUCGUAAUCAAUUAGUGAGUGUAAUAAAUCAAUCAACAAAUCAAAGUAUUAAUGCUGAAUUUAAUCAGAGUUUAACAACCAUGCAACAACCAACUGCCAUACAAACAACAACAACAACAACAACAACAACAGAAGAAGAAACAACAACAACAACAGUAGAAACCACAUCACAAUCCUAUGAUCAGGAACAGGAUGAUGAUCAGGUGGAGGAGCCUUUGGGAUUUGUCAUCUCUGCGGGGGCUCCCAGCGAACAUCUGGCGGUGCUAUCGCGCACCGAAAGGAGCAUCAGACAUCAGCAGAAAAAGCAUCAUCAUCAUCAUCCGCAUCAACAGCAGUCCCCAUCAACGGCUGAUAAUAAUAAUAAUAACAAUUUCAUUGGUUCGAAAUCGAAAAGACUGAAUAACUCUAGAAGUAAUCUAAACAUAAAUAGCAGUAGCAGUAACAGUAACAAUAACAAUAGUCCCAUCAACAAUCUGGAUCGUAACGAACGCUCCACAGUGCCCCAAUCGCAUCUGGCCUGGACCUCCCGAAAGAUCCAGUUGUACAUCAAGAAUCGCAUCUUGCAACUCCUACGCGACGGCACUGUCAACGGCACCCAAGACGAGCAGAGUGAAUACACGAUUCUCCAGCGCUCCACCGUGGAUGUGGGACGCAUUAAGCUGCAGAGCGUGGCCACAUGCCUGUACCUGUGCAUGGAUGCCUGUGGCGCUGUCUAUGGCUCGAAAGAUUUCACCGACGACUGUGUCUUCAACGAAAACAUGGGCCUGCAGAACUACAACACGUACUCCUCCACCUACAACUCGAAUGCCCGGAGGGUCUACUACCUGGCCCUGAAUCGCCACGGCGAGCCCAGGCGGACCCAGAUACCGGCCAGCCGUUCGCUGGGGAAGCUUACCACCUACACGAACGCCAUCACGGAGACGGUGCCCCAGGAGCGGGUGGAGCAGUUGAUAGCCAAGAAUUUUGGGGCGAAUCGCAUCAAGCACGGCGUGCGGCAACUCUGUGAUACGGGCAAGCCGCUGAUUGAAUUGAUUGAUGCGGCGAAUUUUAAGAAGCCACCAGAGUGUAGCAGUACUGGAAGUGGCAGUGGCACGAGUGCUACCACUACUACCAGCUGUGGGGGCAGCAGUUCUUCGUGUACUUCCCCCACAACCAGUAGUAAUAGUAGCAGUACAGUUCCUGUGCCUGCGGCCAGAGCCUCCGGCAGCCUGAUUAGUAUUAGUAACAGUAGUCAAAGCGAGAGCGGCCAUAUUAGCAGUAGCCUUAGCACUAGCACUAGUAAUAGUACUAGCAGUAGCAGUAGCAGUAGUAGCAGUAGCAGUAGCAGUAGCAGUAGUCCCUUGCAUCCUCCUCCUCCGCCGCAUCCUCUGCAUCCAAAGCAGAAGAAGAAGAAGCUACGCAAAUGCAAGCUCCACGAAAGCGAGGAGCUACACAAUUGCCAGAAGCGACCCGCGGGCGGCGGGGCUGGGGCUCUGAGAAAACGCGGCCCCAAGGCCCAGCGCUGCAAGGAGCUGCGCGACAAGGCGGCAGCAGAGGGUGGUCCGCCACCUAACUGUGGCAAGAAGAACGGUGCAAAGAAGAAUGCAGCAGGCGGAGCAGUAGAAGCCUCCCCGCCAGCCCAGCCCAAGGCCGUCCAACAGCGGCCACGAGCGGGGAUGGGUGGCAAGAAGAAAGGGCCACCCAAGGGCGGCAAGCAGCGUCCGAUUGGUGGCAAGAAGCAGCUCCAGCAGGCCAGAGGGGCGGCCUUGUGGGGCAGUGGCAAGCAGCGCAAGCAGCGACCCAGCACCACGACGAUGGCCACCAGCCUGGCCACGCCCUCGGACAGCCACUGGGAGAGCAGCUCCCCGCUGCCGUCGAUGGCGCUGAGCGAGACCAGCGAUCGCGUGGAGCGGAAUGUCCGCAUGAGCAGCAUGGAGGAGGAGCAGGACGAGGACGAGGGAUCCCUGGAGGAUGCCAGCUACGAGGACGCCACAUCCGAGGCGCAUGCGCGCAGUGCCGCUGGCGACGAUUCGCUAUACUACGAUUUCCUCUGUCUGCUGUUCCUGCCGCUGAUGGUCCUGCGAAGAAGCAUUCUAUGA